ACAAGCCACUGACACUGACUCGACUGCCACCCGCCCGGAUAACUUAUAUUCAUUCGCAAGCCCAGGGCUUGGCUUCCUUCCUUUGCUCUCUAUCAACCUGUCUUACCGAAUGGAAUUUUGAAGAGACGAAAAGUAUCCCCUUUUUGCAAGCUGGAGAGAGGAAAAUAAUGCGCGUUAAGCUUCAUCUUGACUCGCAGACUGCGUUUGCGGGAUACCCACUCCGAGGAACGGUCGAGCUGUUUGUCGACAAUGCAAAUAGCAUGCCGACAGAGCUCUAUGUUCAGUUUAAAGGUACAUCGACGACCGCGUCGAACUCGAGUGUCUCGAACCAGACGUUUAUAGAACGACACACCCACGCAAACAAAAAAGUGCAGCUCUACGUCGCGCCCGAUGGGCCCUCGUCCUCGUCUUCUGCACCUACCGAUCGUCCGACAGAGACGAUCGACGAAGUGCCGCCGUACGAGAAAUUGACCCUACAGCCCGGCAAAAACACGAUCCGGUUCAGCAUCGAUAUCCCAAUCUUCUCCGGCUGUCCCUACGCGCCCGGCAUCAGCGACGGCCACAGACGCUACCAGCGCUGCGGGUACGCCCGCGUCAAGCACACAGAUCGCGGGACCACAACGCUACCGCUGCCGCCCUCAAUGCCGCCAUCGAGUCGGUUCAUUGUCAAGUACGGUGUGCGCGCGGUCGCCCGCCGCGCGGGGAUUUUCAAAAUGAACAAGUCGGCGAUGAAGGUCGUGCGUCUGGCACCCGCGGCACUGCUGCAGUCCAGCGACGACGAAGCACUCAACGACCUCGUCACCACGCAACUAAACAUGCUGUCUGCGAAGAGCAUCAGACUGCCAGACUCGUACUUUGUGCCCGGAGCGCUGCCGAAAGCGUCGGGAUUCCGCCAGCUGAUGAGUUUUGGAUCGAAAGGGACGAUGGUCGUUGGCGUGCCGGUGAAGCUCAGUUCCGAGAUAUUUCCGCACGCGCGGUUACCCCACAACGUUCCGUUCUCGCUCAAGCUAGGCUUGUCGAUCGACGUCGACGAUAUGAGUCGGAUCAGAGGCAUUAUCAACGAGUUUGACAUCACGUCGAUCAAAGUCGUGCUGAAAUCAAACACGGACGGAACCGCAGGCGGCCUGAUAAUGAUGCCCGAGCCGCGGACGACGACGCUUUUAGAGCUGAAGAAUAUCGGAAUGAGCUUGCGGAUGUUGUCGACCUCUGGAAUCCCGCAGUACCAAGUCGAGUGCGAGAAGCUAAAGGCGCUGAUAAUACGGCCGGAGGAUACGCCGCCGAGCUUUACAAUCAAAAGCAUGAAGCUACGGCACAGUCUGCGAGUCGAAGUCGGAUUGACGAUCAACGGCAGCAGUGAGAAAAAAGUCGACGUCGAACGGAAUAUAAUAGUCACAUCUGGGAAUGACUAUGAUCCGGAUAGUAUGGCGAUGUUACCGCCCGGAUACGAGUUUAAUCACAAUCAUGCAGCCGGGAAUAGUGACGAUGAGGGUUCUAGCGGCAGCUCGGACUGGGGGGACGAUGAUAUCAAGGAGGAUUUUUUCGCAGAUUGAGCAAAGAACUUAAUAUCUAAUACUAUAU